AUGGCUUUUGGUCGUGGUCAUGCAUCUUUUACCAUCGAUAUAUUAAGAUUAGCCAAAGAUAGUUUACCAGCUACUGUAACUGAACCAUCACCUGUAUAUCCGGAAUUACUCAAUACACCACAUCCAUUAAUUGAAAAUCCAAUAAAUGAUUAUGAUUAUAAAUUAAAACUUAAAUUAAAUUUUAAUUCAAGUUUUCGAACUUUACAUGAUCCAAAAAAAGAUGAUCAUGAAAAAAAUUUCAUUUUAAAUAAAUGGAAAGAAGAAUGGUCCAUUUUACAUCGAGAAUUAAAACAAGCAUCUCGAAUCAAUAUAAAUGCAUCAAAAACUAAACCAAACCUAAUAAAAAAAGAUAUUGAAACAAAAACUAAAAAGAAAAAAACUACAUUUAAUAUUGAUCUUAAGGGUCAAAUGAAGCGUUUUAUGAAAUAUAUGGAUAUUUACCAUGUCUAUGAAGGAUUUUUUAAUCUUAAUACACGAUUUCAAAAUUUACUUAUACAUUCAAACGUUCCAAUUCAUAUAAGUAUUUCAACAAUGUCUAAAUCAAAUUUUGAAUGUGCACAAUCUUUAAAUAAUGUUGCUGAUCAUUUAAUUAUUUUACCAAAAUUACAUUCAUUAACUAUUAAUAACAUUGGUUAUAUUCAAAAUUCAACUCUCUAUUAUAUUCGUAUACUUCGUUUACCUAAAUUGAAAUAUUGUAAAAUUAAAUUCGAAUCAAAAGAUGAUGUAGAAUUAUUACCUAAAUCUACUGAUAUAUUUAGUCCAAUUGAAUGUCUUGUUAUUAAUCAUUAUUUUCGACUUCAAUCACUUAAUAACUUAUUAUCAUAUUUACAACAACUUCGACAUUUAUCAAUUAAUUAUCUUAAUGGAUUUGAUUUACAACAUAUAGAAUUCUAUCCUAUCGUAUUAAAAAAUUUAAAAUAUAUUUCACUUGAGCUUGAUUUAGUUUCUUUUGAUCAGCUGGAAAAAUUCAUAAAAAAUUUCUUUUAUUACGUCGAAGUUCUACGUCUUACAAUAAAAGCUGAUUUUACAUAUUUUGAUGCAAAAAAAAUGGGAACAAUUAAUAAAACUGUUAAAAGUGGAAUAUUUUAUUCAACAAAUCCAUAUCGAAGAAAAGACUAUACAUUUUAUUGGGAAUUUGAUGAACAAGUUUGUUCAUAUAUUCAAGAAAAUAAUUUAAACUCGGUUAAACAUCUUCAUAUUUGUAGUAAUGCAAUAUCAGAUAUUUGUAUAAAUUAUUUUUCUAAUGUUACUGAAUUAACUAUUACAAAUUCUUUUCAAAUAUCUGUUGAUCCAGUAUCAAAAACUCUUAGCCGAAUUGUUGCAUUAAAGCAAAUUACUAAAUUAGUUGUUGAACCUUACGAUUUUUAUUUCGAAGAAUUAAUUGAUUUGUUACGUUGUACAUCUAAUUUAUAUACAUUAAAAUAUGAUUUGAUAUGUUUUCAUCAAAAUACGGCAACAUCAAUUCAACAAAAGGAAGAAUUUCUUCAUUUAUCAAAUAUAAACAAAGUCAAACGUUUAGAUAUUCGUGAAACAUGUACAUUGGAAGAAAUUAAAAUGCUAGUUAAUUUAUUUCCUCAAUUACAAUAUCUUCAAACUGCCCACGGAAAAAUUUUUUUCGAAAAACCGCUCAAAACCGCGAUUUUUUUCAUUCGACCGCGGUUUUACUAG